UCUCAAAAGUUUCUGUAUAAAAUGAGUAUUGCUACAGCCUCACUUGUCAGUAGGUAAAUAAAUAGUCGAGUGAAGAGACACGAUGCACGCGCCUCGGUUUUUUAUUUUUUGCGUUGUUGCAUUAUUUGCAAUAGCCGAAGCUACACCAUGGUACAGAAGUAAUCCAACGAAAAGAAACCAAGAAGUCGCUGAAAGUGACAACAAUGGAGCAAGUGAUUUUGGUGUGGAAGAGUUUGGUGGUAAUGCCGGAGACACUGCAAGAAAAAGUGGUGGUGGUUUAAUCAGUGUAGACCUUGAAAACCAAGACGCUGACACAAAUCAAGAAGCAAAGGAAGGCGUUGAUGAACAAGGUGGCGAAAUAAAUCCAGGUGGCGAAGUAUAUCAAGGCGGUCGUAGAUUCCAAGGCGGACGUGGAUAUCAACCCCGCCGCAGACCUCAAGGUGGUCUUAACACAGGCGGCCGAGGAAACCUAGGUGGCCGUGGAUAUACAGGUGGCCGAGGCAACCAAAACAGUGCUGAAGAUAGUGAUUAUGAAGACAGCAAUGAAGAACUCUCGGGAAGGAAAAACGUAAUUGCUGCCAGAUGGUUACCAAAAUAUCGAAACUACGGCUUCCAGAACAGAUAUCAUUAUGGCUAUGAUGUCAGAUUUCCAAGUAGUGUUGAGAGUGGAUUCAAAGCUGCUAACUUUGGUGAACCGGAUGAUAUAGAUUUGUACCAUAGUGGAAAUAGACCCUAUGGCAACGAAGAAGAUGUAAGAAGGCAGGACCAAAACCCUGACAGACGUGUCAAUCGCGGUGAAUAUCAUUAUGGUAGAAGAUUUGAUCAAGAUGGUGACGCAAACCAAGCUAAAAAUGGAAACCAAUAUGGUAGCGGAAACCAAGGUAUACACAGAAACACCAAUAUCAUUCAAGAUAAUAAUAAUGAUAAGGAUCAAUCUCUUGAAGAAACCCGCGGUGACGUCGAUCAUGGUGUUGAAGGCGGACAAUCUAGUUUCGAGGGUCAAAAUGAUAAUAGGGGCCUAGUUAACAGCGGACAAGCUGGUAAUAAUAAUCAACGCAGUAAUAGAAAUGGCGAAAGUUGGCAAGAGAGAAAUCCGGCUAGACGCGGAAACCCUAAUGGUAGAAGAAUUCAAGGUGGUGGCCAAUACCAAGGUAUGAAUAGAAACCAAUUUGGUGGCGGGAACCAUGGUUCAAACGGAAACCAGUAUGGCAACAAAAACAAAGAGGGUGAUAGUAAUGUAGAGAACAAUGAAAACCCCAAUGGUGUUCAGAAUCCCAGUGGUGAUCUUGACCCUAAUGGUGUCAAAUGGAACCCCGGUGACAUUAAUUAUGAUAGUGACAAAGGCCUCGGUACUGAGACGCAAUCUAGUAACGACGGUCAAAAUGUUAACAAGGGCCAAGCCGGUAAAGACAUGACCGCGAACAAAAACCGAAGCCGUAAUCAAGAUGGUGGCAGGCAUGCUAACUGGAACCCCGGAUUUCUGAAUGUAGGCAAUGGCGAGGGCAAUAAAAACACAGUUUAUCUUCCCUAUUAGGGAUAGCCCCUAGUGUAAAUUUUUUUGUAAGCAAGCAAAACGGGGUCAAAGUUGCGGGCGCAAGCUAUAACUAUAUAUAUGUAUAGACUAUAAUUAAAUAAAAACUGAUGAAGUCAAACCUUACUCGGUUCAGCUUGGAAGGAGCUUUUAAUUAUUAUUGUUUGCUGAAUUCAAUCGCCUCAAAAUGAGCUGUUGCUGUAAAAGUAAAUUAGUUUGUAAAAAUUAUAUAAAUCCUUGGAUAAUGGUAGCGCCUAGGUAGUCCGAAGAUUCUUAUGAUUUGAUGUUUUUAUUAGAGAAUGUUAACUUUAAUAAAUAGUGUGUUUUUAGGAUUAAAUUUAUCCUUUUAUGUAUUAUCGUUUAUAAACCGAAGCUUUUGACGUCUGUUGGGUACGGAGCCCUAAUUUUUUAUUUAGCUAUUUAUAUUUUAUUUUUAAUAUCAUGUGCACUGUAAUUUAGGAAUAUUUUAAAUUAUUAUAUACAAGAAUAAACUAUAUGCCAUAAUAAAACGAAUUAAAAUCUAAGACUUAUUCGAAACAUUCAUUCAUUCACAGCAGUGAGAAAUAGGGCCUAAGAUACGGGCAUUAUUGCCCUUUUGUCAGAGGUCAAUUUGUUAGUCAGACCUGUGUUUAUGACAUAAUGAGUUUUCUUUUAUAUUAAAUACAAGUACAGACGCUAGAUUUUAGAAUAAUUAUAAAUUAAAUUUAUAUACCUAUUGAUAAGUUAAAAAUUAUUUCGUAAAUGUCACUUGAAACAUCAAGGUAAUUGUUAAGAACAAUGAUAAUUAUUAUUGUAGUAAAACCAGGUCAUCUUAUAUUAGAGCUUCGUCUUCGCUUCGUUCGUUUGUCCCAAAUAUCAUGAAAUUAUUUCAUUUCAUCUUAGUACCCAUAACACAAGCUACGCUUACUUUGGGGCUAGAGAGCGGUGUUUGUAUUGUCGUAGUAUAUUUGUUUAUUUUAUUAUUAUUUACUGCUAUUUUUACUGAUACAAUAUUCACAGAUUAUAAUAUUUUUUGUAACGCUGAUAAUCUUGCAAAAACAUAUAGGAAUCUCCUCGGUAUAAGUCAUUGAUUAUAACCACCAAAAACGAUGUUAUAUUAUAAUAGCAACUAAAAGAUUAUACUUACAUUCUAAAAUCUCAAACUUUCCACAACUAAAUUAAAGUAAUAUACAACUGA